AUGAAAUAUAUUUUAGUAUCAGGAGGCGUAAUGUCUGGAAUUGGUAAAGGUAUCUUUGCCUCCUCAUUAGGUUUCUUGUUAAAAACCCAUGGUUUAAGAGUCACUGCAAUAAAAAUUGACCCUUACAUGAAUAUUGAUGCUGGAACUAUGAGUCCUAUUGAGCAUGGUGAAGUGUUUGUGUUGAAUGAUGGUGGCGAAGUGGAUCUCGAUCUUGGUAACUAUGAAAGAUUCUUGGAUGUUACUCUUACAAGAGAUAAUAAUAUUACCACUGGAAAGAUAUAUCAAAAAGUUAUUAACAGAGAAAGAAAAGGCGAGUAUCUUGGAAAGACUGUUCAAGUGGUACCACAUAUAACUGACGCAAUUCAAGAAUGGAUUGAAAAUGUAUCCAAAAUACCUGUAGACUCAAGUGGUCAAGAACCUGAUGUUUGUAUAAUUGAGUUGGGUGGUACAGUUGGUGAUAUUGAAUCUGCACCAUUUAUUGAAGCAAUGCGACAAUUUCAAUUUCAUGUUGGGCAUGGAAAUUUUGCUUUGGCUCAUGUUUCAUUGGUUCCUAUAGUUGGUCCAGUUGGUGAACAAAAAACAAAACCUACUCAGGCCACAGUCAGAGAAUUAAGAGCUUUAGGAUUGUCACCUGAUUUGAUUGCAUGUCGUUGUUCACAAUCAUUAAAUCCCGAUGUUCGAAGAAAGAUAUCAAUGUUUUGUCAUGUUGGACCAGAACAAGUUGUUUCAGUAAAGGAUGUAUCUUCAACAUACCAUGUUCCAUUGCUUUUAUCAGAACAAGGAAUAUUGACCUUUUUUAUUAGACGGCUUAGUCUGAAUACUAUUAAUAUCAAACAAGAGCGUCGUAACAAUGGUUUACAUUUGUUGAGGGAAUGGAUAGUGUUGACUGAAGAUCAUGACCGCCUUUCAAAACCUGUUACAAUAGUCAUUGUUGGUAAAUAUACCACACUUCAAGACUCUUAUCUUUCUAUUAUAAAGGCACUUGAACACUCUGGAAUGAAAUGUGAAAGAAGACCAAUAAUUAAAUGGGUAGAAGCUACAGAUUUGGAACAGAAUGAUGAAGCAGAUAAAUAUCAAGAAGCAUGGAGAGUUUUAAGAUCUGCAAAUGGUAUUCUCGUUCCUGGCGGAUUUGGAAAUCGUGGUAUCGAGGGUAAAAUUUCAGCAGCAAAAUGGGCACGUGAAAAUAAGAUUCCUUAUUUAGGAAUAUGCCUUGGUAUGCAAAUUGCUGUAAUUGAAUUUGCACGUAAUGUUUGUAAGAUGACAGAUUCAGAUUCUGAAGAAUUUAAUCCAAAAGCCACUAACCAAGUCAUAAUUAAUAUGCCAGAAAUUUCUACAACCUGCUUAGGUGGUACCAUGAGACUAGGUUUAAGACCAACAGUCUUUCAACCAAAAACAGAAUUGUGGUCAAAAAUGCGCAAAUUGUAUGAAAUUAUGAACGUGACAGAGAUUGAUACUGGUAUUGUGCAAGAACGUCAUCGUCAUCGUUAUGAAGUUAAUCCUAAAUACGUUAAAAAUUUUGAAUCAUGGGGAUUAAACUUCAUUGGACGUGAUGAAACUGGACAAAGAAUGGAAAUAAUGGAAUACCGAAAUCAUCCAUUCUUUGUUGGUACACAAUAUCAUCCAGAAUAUCUUAGCAGACCGCUUAAACCCUCACCAGCAUUCCUUGGUUUUGUGUCAGCAUCGGCGGGAUUGACAAUUGAAUCAUCAUUCAAAAAUUAA